CCUAACCUCGAAAACGUAAAAAACAAAUCGUUUGCUCUGAUUUUCAAGAAAAAAGGUUAAGAUUACUUUAAUUUUCAAGAAGAAAGGUUAAAAUUAUUCUUUUUACCUGCUCUUUCGCGAAAGAUCGCGAAAACUUUAUCAGAAAAUUAUUCUAAAAAAAUGUUAGAAAUAACGUGCAACGAUCGUCUCGGUAAAAAGGUUAGAGUGAAAUGCAACCCAGACGACACUAUAGGAGAUCUGAAAAAAUUGAUAGCCGCCCAAACUGGAACACACUGGGAAAAAAUCGUAUUAAAGAAAUGGUAUACCAUUUUCAAGGAUCAUAUAAAGUUGCAGGACUAUGAAAUACAUGACGGCAUGAACUUAGAACUCUAUUAUCAAUAAUUCUAUAUAAAAAACGUUACAUGUAAGCAUUUCUAAUAUAACGUCAUAAUUAUU